CCUCGGCGCACGCCUCUCAGCGCGAGUGACGUCUUCGCACCGCCCUAGAGGCAUUGAUGGACAGCUGCCAUAGCCAAUAGCUGCCCACAAAGGUAAAGGGGCGGGAGCUGGAGGCGUCGUAUGAGAGCUAGGAAGGAGAGGCGGUUGGGAGGCAUGGUAACUCCAGCUAGUGGUAAAGUUUGCGGAUUGGAAGUAUUUGUGUCUGUGCGAAGGAGCGAGAGGGACCGAGUAAAGGGGAGUUGAUCCGGCAGCGCCAGGUCUGGGGCCUUCUGUUCAGCAAGGACGGGCAGGGGACAGAGAAAUAAAGGCCACGCGUUAUAACCCAUCAUAACAGAGUGAAGUAGGAAGCGCGGAGGCUGCAGUAUCAUCCCCAGGCACAAUGUCCGAGGACCCCAGCUCUUUGCCCUGGUCUAUCUUGAGGGAGGAUUAUGAACUCAAAGAGGUGAUUGGCAGUGGAGCUACAGCUGUGGUUCAGGCUGCUUACUGUAUUCCGAAGAAGGAGCGAGUUGCAAUCAAACGCAUUAACCUAGAAAAAUGUCAGACCAGCAUGGACGAACUCCUGAAAGAAAUUCAAGCAAUGAGUCAGUGCCAUCACCGGAACAUUGUGUCAUAUUACACCUCAUUUGUGGUAAAGGAUGAACUGUGGUUGGUGAUGAAGUUGCUCAGUGGUGGAUCUGUGCUCGAUAUCAUUAAACAUGUAGUAGCGAGGGGGGAUCACAAGAAUGGUGUUUUGGAGGAGGCAGUUAUAGCCACUAUUCUGAAAGAAGUACUGGAGGGACUGGAUUACCUGCAUAAAAAUGGGCAGAUUCACAGAGACUUGAAGGCAGGAAACAUUCUUCUUGGUGAGGAAGGCUCAGUACAAAUUGCAGAUUUUGGUGUGAGUGCAUUCUUGGCAACAGGAGGUGACAUGACCAGGAAUAAAGUGAGGAAGACCUUUGUGGGCACACCCUGCUGGAUGGCACCUGAAGUCAUGGAGCAGGUUAGAGGUUAUGACUUCAAAGCAGACAUUUGGAGUUUUGGAAUUACAGCCAUUGAACUGGCUACAGGAGCAGCUCCUUAUCAUAAAUACCCGCCAAUGAAAGUUUUAAUGUUGACUCUUCAGAACGAUCCGCCCUCUUUGGAGACAGGAGUGCAGGAUAAGGAAAUGGUCAAAAAGUAUGGCAAGUCCUUUAGGAAGAUGAUUUCACAAUGCCUACAGAAAGAUCCAGAGAAGAGGCCCACAGCAGCAGAAUUUUUAAAACACAAGUUUUUCCAAAAAGCCAAGAACAAGGAAUAUCUUGAAGAAAAAUUGUUAGCUCGAGCACCUACGAUAGCUGAAAGGUCAAAAAAGGUGAGAAGGGUUCCAGGCUCUAGUGGUCGACUGCACAAGACAGAAGAUGGCGGCUGGGAAUGGAGUGAUGAUGAAUUGGAUGAGGAGAGUGAAGAGGGAAAGGCUGCAGUCUCUCAGUUGCGGUCCCCCCGGGUGAAAGAGUCUUCACAGGGUCCAGAUCUUUUCGCAUCAGCAGAAACACCAGGCUCAAAUAUUCAGGCUUCUGGACAAGUCCAGCAACCUCUACCUCAGCCAUCACCAAAAGUACCUGCUACUACUCCUCAGGCUAAUCAAAUACCUGCUAUUCAGCCCUCGGUAAUACCAGUCACAACACCAGCAGCAGUACCGGAUCCCAGCCAGCAAGCUGCAGCUCAGCAUCAACUACCUGCAUCCCAGUUUGUCCCUGGUUCUGCUGCUCCAGAUUCACACCAAACACCCAUCAGCCUUGUGUUAAGAUUACGAAAUUUGAAGAAGGAGCUGAAUGACAUAAGAUUUGAAUUUACUCCAGGUAGAGAUACAGCAGAUGGUGUUUCUCAAGAACUUGUGUCUGCGGGCCUGGUUGAUGGAAAAGACGUAGUAAUAGUUGCAGCAAAUCUACAGAAAAUAGUGGAUGAACCAGCUGCAAAUAGAUCUGUCACUUUCAAAUUGGCUUCCGGUGUUGAAGAAUCAGAUAUUCCUGAUGAUGUUAAACUCAUAGGAUUUGCACAACUUACCAUUAGUUAAGUCACACUACAACAAAUAAAAACCUGCUGACCCCAUCUGUGAAUAGGUAUCUCACUGGUGUUGGCCUGAGGAAACUUGUACUGCCAAAGAGUGAUGACGUUGCCCGUAGAAGUUGCAGCAUUUAAGUCUGUCUCCCCGCCCCUCUUGCCCUGUGACAAAGAAUUGACAAAUAGAAAGUGAAUUGAGCAUUUGCUUGCAGUACCCUAACAAUGGAAUAAUCGCCAUCAGGAGCUUUCCAGAGCUUUCCAGCUUGCAGAUUUCUCACAAGAUAAGGGGUGCCCUCUGUAGGCGAACUGCAGAAUUGUCAGCUCUCACCUAUUUUCCCUCAUCGUUUCUCCCCCACUGCCAACACCCUUUUUUAAAAUUGCCUUAUUUUUUGACACAGCUUUACUGAUCAGCUAUAGAAAAAAACCUCUUCCCCGUGGUACUCGAGAACUAGUGCAACAGAUGAAAAAAUUGAGAUUGCCGUAACUCAUUCUUAACUUGUGAUUAGUUUUCAUUAAGCACCCGCUUUACAAAGAUUAAAAUGAACUUAAGAGCAAUGCUGAUGUUUUUUUUUUUAAAGUGAAGUUCAUCUGAUUUGUACUUUUCAAAGGGCUGCAACCCAAGAAUAAUGGGCUGCACGUCUGGUUUUUUUUUUGUUUGCGUUUACUGCGCACUAGAACUACCCGGGCACAUCAUUAACUGCCUUUGACAUGAUCUAAAGUAGUUUUAUUUUGUUUAUAUAUGGUAAUGAUAAAACCGGAAUAUAAAUAUUAAUGAGAAAGAAAUCACUGAGGGUGAAGCCAUUUCUUUUCAUUUUUUCAUUUAUAUAAUAUAACGUAUUAUGACACAAUCUGUAGCCCACCUUUAUAAUCUGCAGAUGGAGUGUGCAUUUUAAAAAAAAAAAUUGACCCUGCAAUUGGUUUAUUCUUCUCCUAGUACCAGUGUGAGAAGUUCGUAUUAAGAGGAAAAUUUUUUGAACUGUCAGAUCUUUUAGUACAAAAAUAAAUUUAAAAAUUUCAGCUGCUGAA